AUGGACCCGGUGGCCACGCACAGCUGCCACCUCCUGCAGCAGCUGCACGAGCAGCGCAUCCAAGGCCUGCUGUGCGACUGCAUGCUGGUGGUGAACGGCGUCUGCUUCAAAGCACACAAGAAUGUCCUCGCAGCCUUCAGCCAGUACUUCAGGAGCCUCUUCCAGAACUCUCCCGGCCAGAAGAACGACGUUUUUCACUUGGACAUUAAGAACGUAAGUGGCAUCGGGCAGAUCCUGGACUUCAUGUACACGUCUCACCUGGACCUGAACCCGGACAACGUGCAGCUGAUGCUGGACACGGCGCAGUGCCUGCAGGUCCAGAACGUCCUCAGUCUGUGCCACACGUUCCUAAAGGCAGCCCCUGCGGAGCAGCCCCCCGGCGUGCCCUGUAGCGGUGCGCUCUCCCUGCAGGGCGCUCUGGCCCCGGACACCUGCUGUGCUCUCGGCGAAAGCUGCUCUCCUCCCUCACUGCCGGCCUGUGCGGCAGACGGGCAGCACGGUAAGGCCUCGGACGAGCCGCACUCUCAGGCGCCGCCGGCCAGUCACCUUCAUCCCCCUGCAGGCGAAGCAUCAAAACUAGGCCCUGACGCUUUAGACGGCAGCUGCACAGAACUGCCGCUCAAGCAGCCAAAUUACUACUACAAACUCAGAAACCUGUACAGCAAGCAGUACUAUAAACACGCCGCUUGUCCCAGCCACGAGAGAAUCGCCAAGCAGCCUUUCACUGUCAGCCCCUCCACAGGCCCGGCAGCCGUGGAGAACCAGCCGUGUGCUGCCAGCCAUUCCGAAUGUGCCCUGCAGUCCGCGGAGCCCCUGCCUCCCAGCGUCCCCGCCCAGCCUCUGGGGGAACCUGCCCCGGAUCCCAAGUCAGACAGCCCGUGCCAGCCACCCCCCAGACAGAUGAGGCUCAAAAAGGCCGUUCACCUCAAGAAGCUCAAUUUCCUGAAGUCACAGAAAUCUGCAGAGCAGAUGGCUGAGCCCACGGCGGAUGAGGAUCUAACCCAGAGGACUGGCCCUGCUAGUGACACCACAGAGAAAGCCGGCAGUCAGAGCGGCGGGGAGAAGGAACAGGAAGAGCCCGGCAGUGCCGACAGCUUUCCCUGCAUCGUCAAAACGGAGCGGCCCGAAGACGUGGAGGCUGCCGAGGACCCGUCCCAGAUGCCGCAGUCCCCGUGGCAGUACGCGUGCGACCUGUGUGGGAAGCCUUUCAAACACCCGAGCAACCUGGAGCUUCACAAACGGUCCCAUACAGGUGAGAAACCUUUUGAGUGUAACAUUUGUGGGAAACAUUUCUCUCAGGCAGGUAACUUGCAGACUCACUUGCGUCGGCAUUCUGGUGAAAAACCCUACAUCUGCGAAGUCUGUGGCAAGAGGUUCGCAGCCUCGGGGGAUGUCCAGCGUCACAUCGUCAUUCACUCGGGCGAGAAGCCGCACCUGUGCGACACCUGUGGCCGAGGCUUCAGUAACUUCAGCAACCUGAAGGAGCACAAGAAGACACACACGGCGGACAAAGUGUUCACCUGUGACGAGUGCGGGAAGUCCUUCAACAUGCAGAGGAAGCUGGUGAGGCACCGGGUCCGGCACACGGGGGAGCGGCCCUACAGCUGCACAGCCUGCGGGAAGAGUUUUGGGGGGUCCGGGGACCUCCGCAGGCACGUCCGCACGCACACCGGGGAGAAGCCGUACACGUGUGAGAUCUGCGACAAGUGCUUCACCCGCGCGGCCGUGCUGCGGCGGCACCGGCGGACGCACUGCCGCGCGGACGGCGGGAGCCGGGACGCGCCGCGGGAGCUCGCCCCCGCCGUCAGGGCCUCCAGCCUGGACAAGGCCCCCAGCUCCGACGCCUUCCCCCAGGACGUGUCUGUGACUCUGAUGCCCGUGUCCGUGAAGCUCCCCGCCCCCCCGGGGGACGAGCCCGAGACAGAACUGGACGGCCACGCCGCCGGCUCCUACUGUAAGUUCCGGGCCACGCCUCAGCCACGGGGGGUCGGCCACCCGGAGAAGCUCGGUGCGGAUCCUGGCAAACUCGCCAAGGCCCCCGGGCAGCUCACACAGCCUCAGGCCUUCGCUUUCUCAGCCGCCGACGCCUCCACCAGCGACGGGCCGCUGCCCACGGACAGCAUGGCCACCGUCCGCCCCUCUCUGGCCACGCUGGACAACCACUGCGGCGACCCCCUGGGCGGCCGGGCGGCGGGCGCAGGGCACCGGAGCACGGACGGGCCCUUCUUCUCCAGCAUGACCCUGUGGGGGCUGGCGAUGAAGACGCUGCAGAACGAGGGCGAGCUGGACCAGUGA